AUGAAAAAGAAUGAAGGAGGCAACAAUGUACCAAUUUUUCCUGCUGAAGAAAUGGAAAUAUUUAGGUCAUCAGGAGUUGAAGAUGAUUAUGUGGAGGGACGACGUAUCAUUGAUGUGGCAUUCUUCCUACAGCAAGUUUUGAACUUUCCUCAUCAUGGGCUGUUCUCUUGCAGGAGCAAUCUUGUUACUACAAUGAAGAAAGAAACGAGAAAAUGCUUUUUGUCUACGUUUCAUUUACAUUGUGAAAUGUGCGAUGUGAUAUAUCUCGUUCACAGCGAAAAUCCCCAUUCCAAAAAAAUCAAUGCAAACGGUGCAGCCGGCCUUGCAACAAUAAGUAUUGGAAAUGGGAGGACACAAAUGAAUGAGUUUGUUACUACUUUCAAUAUACCACCCAUGACUGAAAGUAGAUAUAAUUCCUUGCAAGAAGAGUUGGCUACACAAUAUGAUGAACAAGCAUGGACCUGUAUGAUAGAAGCUGGACAAGAAGAGGCUAAAUUAGCAAAGGAAAAUAAUUAA